AUGUCUGUAAUUCAUCAGAGCCUUUCAACUUCAAUUUCCUCAUCAUCUUCAACGUUUCUGGGCCACAACAAUCUCAAAAGCAUCAAGUCGAGUAAUGUUUCAAUUCCAGGGAGAAUCAAUGUGGUUAUCGAAUGUGUUGCCACGCCCUCAGCUGAAAUAACUGCUUACAAGACAAAGGUCUCCCGCAAUGAAAACAUGGGAAAACUUCAAGCUGGCUACCUUUUUCCAGAGAUAGCAAGACGGAGGACUGCCCACAUGUUGAAAUAUCCCGAUGCUCAAGUCAUAAGCCUGGGAAUUGGUGACACUACUGAGCCUAUUCCAGAAGUUAUUACAUCUUCCAUGGCAAAGAGAUCAUAUGCAUUGUCAACAGUAGAGGGAUACUCUGGUUAUGGAGCUGAGCAAGGUGAAAAACAAUUGAGAGCUUCCAUUGCUAAAACCUACUAUGAAAACCUCGGCAUAGAAGAAGAUGAUGUAUUUGUGUCAGAUGGUGCAAAAAGUGACAUAUCUCGCCUUCAAGUACUUUUUGGAUCCAAAGUGACAAUGGCUGUGCAAGACCCAUCAUACCCAGCUUAUGUGGAUUCUAGUGUUAUUUUGGGCCAGACUGGGCAGUUUCAGAAAGAUGUUGAGAAGUAUGGAAAUAUUGAAUACAUGAAAUGCACCCCAGAAAAUGGUUUCUUUCCUGAUUUGUCUGCCACUCGUCGGACCGACAUCAUAUUUUUCUGUUCACCAAAUAACCCAACUGGUUAUGCUGCUUCAAGGGAGCAAUUGACUAGAUUGGUAGAAUUCGCUAAAGAAAAUGGGUCAAUUAUAGUCUAUGAUUCUGCUUAUGCCAUGUACGUUUCAGAUGAUAGCCCGAGGUCUAUUUUUGAGAUUCCUGGAGCCAAAGAGGUUUCGAUGGAAGUUUCAUCGUUUUCCAAGUAUGCUGGGUUCACAGGAGUUCGUUUAGGUUGGACUGCAAUUCCAAAAGAGCUUUUAUAUUCUGAUGGAUUUCCCGUGGCCAAGGACUUCAACCGCAUUGUCUGCACUUGUUUUAAUGGUGCAUCCAACAUUGCUCAAGCUGGUGGUCUGGCAUGUGUUUCACCCGAGGGCAUCAAGGCCAUGCAUGAGGUGGUUGGUUUCUACAAGGAAAACACUGACAUCAUAGUCGAGGCAUUCAAUUCACUUGGUUUCAAGGUAUACGGAGGAAAAAAUGCACCAUACGUGUGGAUCUACUUUCCUGGCCAAAGCUCGUGGGACGUGUUCAGCGAGAUUCUGGAGAAAACUCAUGUUGUCACUACUCCUGGCGGUGGUUUUGGACCUGGCGGUGAAGGUUUCAUUAGGGUCAGCGCCUUUGGACACCGGGAAAAUAUUUUGGAAGCCUGUCGAAGAUUCAAGCAACUGUACAAGUAG